GCGGAGGACUACGGCGGAGGCGCGGAGGGGGAGUGAUGCGGCCAUCUUUAUCGCGGGCGGCUCAGCUCUCAGCUGUGAUUCUCACGCUGCUGAUGACAGACUGUAGUUCGUCCUCACCGGGUCGCUGGUGCCGUCAUUUAACGCCCCGUGCAUGGUUCGCACGGACUCACGGAAACCGCCCUCAACGCCUCCGUGGAAGGAUUUAAUGUUACUUUCGUGUUGGAAUAACUUUCCUGCCCUCUUGUGCGCCUCUUGGGUUGAUUUCACCCGGUCUUCUUCCGCCGGCAGUUUACAUACUAAAAGCUUCGCGAUAAGGAAAAACACGCCGGAGACAAAAUGCCGCUGGAUUCAAAUUUGGCGAGUAAAAACUAUGACUACGAUUACGACUCCCUUCAACCGUAUUUCUACUACGACAACGAGGAGGAGGAUUUCUACGCUCAGCAGCUUCAGCCUCCGGCGCCGAGCGAAGACAUCUGGAAGAAAUUUGAACUGCUGCCGACCCCUCCCCUCUCCCCGAGCCGCCGGCCGUCCCUGUCGAGCCUCUUCCCCUCCACGGCGGACCAGCUGGAGAUGGUGACCGAGUUCCUGGGCGACGACGCGGUCAGCCAGAGCAUCAUCUGCGACGCGGACUACUCGCAGACCUUCCUCAAGUCCAUCAUCAUCCAGGACUGCAUGUGGAGCGGCUUCUCCGCCGCGGCCAAGCUGGAGAAGGUGGUCUCCGAGCGGCUCGCCUCCCUGCACGCCGCGCGCAAGGAGACCCCGGCGGCCGACCGCGUCGCUCCGGAAGGCGGCGGCGGCGGAGGAGGAGGAGGCGGCGGCAGCGCGGCGUGGCGGCUGAACAGCAGCUACCUGCAGGACUUGAGCACGUCCGCGGCGGAGUGCAUCGACCCGUCCGUGGUUUUCCCCUACCCGAUGGCGGAGACCCCCAAGCAGGGCGCCGGGACGCCCCCCAGGAAGGACCUGGGACUGGAGACGCCGCCGAACAGCAGUAGCAGCAGCAGCAGUAGCAGUAGCUGCAGUGACUCAGAAGAUGAUGAUGAUGAGGAUGAUGACGAGGAGGAGGAUGAUGACCAGGAGGACGAGGAGGAGAUCGACGUGGUCACGGUGGAGAAGAGGCACGGGGUGAAGCGGUCCGACCCCAGCCCCGCGGAGACCAGGCACCCCAGCCCGCUCGUGCUGAAGAGGUGCCACGUCUCCACCCACCAGCACAACUACGCCGCCCAUCCCUCCAUGAGGCAGGAGCAGCCGGCCGUCAAGAGGCUGAAGCUGGAGAGCAGCAGCAGCAACAGCGGAGGAGGAGGAGGAGGAGGAGGAGGCGGCAGCGCCCACAGCAGGGUCCUCAAACAGAUCAGCAGCAACCGCAAGUGUUCGAGCCCGCGGACGUCGGACACGGAGGACUACGACAAGAGAAGGACUCACAACGUUCUGGAGCGCCAGAGGAGGAACGAGCUCAAGUUGAGCUUCUUCGCCCUGCGGGACGAGAUCCCCGAGGUGGCCAAAAACGAGAAGGCGGCCAAGGUGGUGAUCCUGAAGAAGGCCACGGAGUGCAUUUACAGCAUGCAGACGGACGAACAGCGGCUCCUCUCGCUCAAAGAACAGCUGAGGAGGAAAAGUGAACUUUUAAAGCAGAGACUCGCACACCUGCACAGCUCUCCAGCUUGAAGUUUGACUCAUCAUAGACUUUUUUUUGGCCUUUUUUUAUUUUUUAUGCAAGUUCAGGACUUAGGGGGGUGUACAGUUGUUGUUGCAUGUAAAUGCAAAGUGGAUUAAGUUGUUUGGAAUCUCGUUUGAUUUCCAUGUUAAAACUGCCUCAAUUGAAGUUAUGGGUGGAUUAAAUAUUUAAAAGUUUAUUUUUAUUAAUAAAAUAUAAAAAUUGAGCUGUUCGGGGCUCCACUAAAAUACAUUUUUACGUUUUGUAUAUAAUUAAUAUUUCCUAAGAAAAUGUAUUUUUGGAUCUCAAUUGUCUGAAUGUUCAGACUGUUUUGGUUUUUCCAUUCUGUUCCUAGACUCUUUUUGAAAUAUAAAAAUGUUUCUUCUUGAA